AUGCCGUCUACACUCCCUGCCCUGCUCUGCCUCGGACUGUAUCUGAGCCUGAGGGUCGGCGCCCAGAACCAGACCCUCUCAAAGCCCCGCAUCUGGGCCAACCCCAGCUUCAUGGUUCCAAACGGGGCGUCGGUGUCCGUCUGGUGCCAGGGGACUCACCAGGCCAUGGAGUACCAGCUGCAUUUUGAGGGACUCCUCUCCGCCUUGGCGAGACCAGAGCCCUCUGGGCUGAGGAACAAAGUCAAGUUCUCCAUCCAGGCCAUGACCUCCUACACUGCAGGGCAGUACACGUGCUUCUAUCGAACCGGGGAGCUCUGGUCAGAGCCUAGUGACCCUCUGAACCUGGUGAUAACAGGAAUGUAUGACACGCCCACCCUCUCCGUUCACCCUGGGCCCGCGGUGUCCCCAGGAGAGAACGUGACCUUCUCUUGCCACCUAGAGACGGCAACGACCACCUUCUUCCUGCACAAGGAGGGGCCGGCCAGCCGCCCGUGGCGCAGAGUCGGCAACAUUCGGGCCGCGUUCCCCAUGGGCCCCAUGACCCCAGCCCACAGGGGGACGUACAGGUGUUUCGGUUCUUACAACGAGCACAUAUGGUCUUUCCCCAGUGAGCCUGUGACGCUCCUGGUCACAGGAGAUGCCGGGGUCGCUGACCUUGCAUCCGCAGGACAGCCCUCUUCCCCAGACGAUGGGGAACCCCACUUGGCAACCACAAGGAAGGGACUCCAGAAAGAGCUGGCCUCCUGGGAUUACACGGCGGAGAACCUCUUUCGGAUGGGCCUGGGCCUCCUGGUCCUGGUGGCCCUUGUGUGCCUCCUGGCCCACAACCGUCUUCUGAGGAAGAAGAUGACAAGGGGACUCAGAGUGGCCUCGAGUCAGGAACGCAGGAGAAGGUUCAGAUGGCAAGAAGCCCCGGACGAAUGA